AUGCAUCGUUUCUGCAAUUUCGUCUCUCGGUCAAAAUUGUCACAAUGGAGUAUCCAGAAUCCUCACCAACCAUCCCACCUAGGGGCUUCUCUUUUGACUACGAGGUUCUUUACUAUUGAUGUGAAUAAUGAGAUACCAAGCAAGAACAAUUCCAAGCGACCUUUACCCCUUGAGUAUCAAGAACAGACACUCUUUCCAGCUCAAGAAUGGGAUAAGCACAUCGACAAACACUCUGGUGAAUCGCUCAUCACCAGUAUUUCAAAGCCUUACGAUCGUCAAAACAAAAGGUUGUUCGACCUAGACGAAGAGGGACAUUCAAAAACGAGAACAAUGAUUGAGCCACUCGGAGAGCACCAUGAGAAAUUGGAAACGAUGCUUGAGACACUCAAAGAGCGCCUUAAGAAAUUGGAAACGAUGCUUGAGCCACUCAAAGAGCAGAAUAAGAAACUGGAAACGAUGCUUGAGAUACUCGAACAAGACUCUGAGGAAAUGAGGACAACAUGGGAGAAGGAAAAACAGGAAAUGAAUAUGGGAGAGUUUCUCAAGGCCCAACAAUUGCUUUUCAGACUAUCAAGAAACGGAAAGAAGAAUUAUUGGAAGGAGUUAUGGCCAGCGAUCUCAGAGUCUCGAAACAGGAAUGCCCACAAACUUGAUCUGUUAAUAUCAAUCAAACAAGUCACAGAGUAUAAGGACUUGAACUUUGGUCUGAUUUUCGACGCUAUAUUUGGAAUUUCUCGGGAGGAAGUUCAAGCUUUGUUGGAAAUGGACGAACGUUGUGGUGGAAUAUUCCGAGUGGAGAGUAUUGUGGAAUACCAUGGAACGCUUUACGCUAGACAAAUACCACAAAGAUUUCUCCCACUAUUCAAGCAAUGGCUGGAAGGAAUUCGAAAAGUUCAAAAUCAGAUUGAUGAUAGGACAGAAUUGACCGCCUGUCGAGGACACGCUACAUUAACAGCAUCGGCGUUGACUUCAAGAAUUGAUAAUAAACUUCUUCAAGCAGUCAAAAGACUUGGCCGGAGUUGCGAAGAAAGUUAUAUAGAAGAUAACUUUCAACCGGCCGAGAGUAAUCACAGCAAAAUAAUCGCAGAAGAUUGGAGGAAAAGAGCAAUUUUGUCCAAGUUUAGAGCGAUACAGGCCAAGGCAAAACAGGACAGUGCGGAUGUGGAGACUCAUUCGAAGUAG